AUGCCGAAAGCAAAAUCAGCCAGGGGUACUCGGAAUUCGCCAAUCUCUAGAUCUUCAACCACGAACAACAAAUCUCCAGCAAAAUCCAAAAACAACGAGUCUCCCAAGCCAAUUAAACUGAAACUUUUCUGCCUUGUGGAAGGAGAACCGGCAUUCUCAGUGAUCAUUCGUUCCGACCAAACUAUUGACGACUUAAAGGAUGCCAUUAAAGCAAAGAAUGAAAACGCUUUUAAUGGUACCGAUGCAAAGGAUCUUAUUCUCAAGCUCAUCCCUAAUGGUUCAACAGUAGAGGAACUAUGCAAGUUUCCUAAAGAGUCACUCAAGGUCCUUGACAACGUACUUGAGGAACUCCAUACUUACUUUCCUGACGGGGCAGCAGAUAAUCCCAUUUACAUUAUUGUUGAAGUACCGAAGCGAGUUUCGAAAAGAGAUCGAGAUCAGCUAGAGAAUGACGAGAGUGAUAGGAGCUCCUCUAAAAAGGUCAAGCUAGAAACCAUGAGCCUACUGGAGGCGAUUAGUGCAACAGAACUUGCCCAAAAGGCUAUAAUAAACGGCGUUCCUGAUCCCUCCGUCCUUUCGAGUAAAGAACUGGUUUCAGUACUUGAUAAUACUGGCACCUCAGUGACUCGGAAUGACCUAUACUAUUCAAUACCCCGAACGGCCAUUUCCCUCCAAAACGCAUCAUUUCAAGAAAUCGACGUGAUAUCCAGCCCUUGGGGGACAAAAUUUCCUGUGCUCAAGGUCCGAGAUCUGUACGUAAGAUCAGCUUUCAAAGAACUCUACGAUAAGAUCAUCAAUAAGUUUGGUAUAGACAGAGAUAUAAAGCCUGAUGCCCCCCAAAUGGUACUCACAGGGACAGCCGGUAUAGGAAAAUCAUCCUUUCUUGUAUACUUUGCUAUCCGGCUGCUUGCCACUAGCAAUGAGGAAGACCCACCUAUUAUCAUUAUCCAGCAAAAGGAAGAUACAAUGUGUUAUGCUUUCGGUGGACGAUCUGUUAUUCGAUAUGGGGACAUAGAGCAUUUUAGGCCCUUCCUGGAUCUACCCAGCACUUGGUUCCUAGUCGAUAGCUCACCAGCACCAAAGCUCAUGCUCGCCAGGACUAUCUUUUCAGUGUCGCCAAAAACUUUAAAUUCUGAGGAAAAUCUGUAUAAAGAAAUCGUGAAGGGAGUCCCAUGGAAAUACUACAUGGCUCCGUGGGAGCUAGAUGAGUUAAAAGAAUGCAGAGACAAGGUUGAAGCUUUUCAUAUGGUUCCGGAAGAUUUUAUGGAACACCUGUAUGAGAUGAUUGGUGAAGUGCAAAGAGUUGGUGAAGCUAGCCCGGACGUUAAAUGGUUCAAUACUCUUGAAUGUUACAAGGACAAGAUGCAAGGAUCGCUAUGGAUCCCAAAUAGCAAAAGAUUUGCCUGUGUGGAUAUGUUACUUGCUCCGAACUAUCUCCUUCAAGUUACGACGAACAAGGAUCAUGGCAUCAAAAGCAAACCCUUCAAAGCGUUUUUGAAAAGUAUGCGAGAAAAUAAGUGGAUUCACUCCUCUGAGGAGGUUGCACUUAUUUUUGUUGUUCCACAAGACCAGAUUAAGGAGUUCAAGAAACAAAAUUUUAAGACUGGGACAAAUCGUGUGGAUUCCAAAGCUACAAAGGAACUCCUAGAUGUCAAGCAAUAUAUUAUGGGGAUUGAUCUGCAAGCAGAACUUAGGCAAGCACCAAGACGCAUGAGAACUAGAAGAACAAGAACAGAGCGGUGA